UAGAGAAGUAAACGGCGUCGUCAGGAUUGAAAAGGGUUAAUUUGGAACCUGUAGAUGCACCUUCCCUCAGUCUCGCCCUUCCAAAAUUUCUCCAAAAUUCUCCGGAGUCCAAAUUGAGUAGCGGUUAUGGAUCCUCGAUACACCGGAGAGAUAUUUAAGCAUUUGGAGAAGCAGAAUGAUUUGUUUAUGGAGGCCUACAAUUCAAUGUCUCAUGAAUUACAUAAGCUUCAGGUAGAGGAAGAAAUGCUGAUGCGUAAAUUUUAUGAACUUAUGACUGCUCAGGGUUUAACUAAAAAGAAUGAAGGUAAUACCAAUGUUUCGAAUGGUGGUCAAAUCAGAGAUGACACUGCCUUACUUACAAAUAACGCAGGCAAUGAUUCUUAUGGUGACAAGAGUGGGCAAUCAACUAUAAUAGUCCCUGCUACUAAUAAUGAACAACAAUGAGCGUAUCAAGUUUGCUAUUCCUUUAUCAUGAACUUCGAAAAUUUUUGUUUUGGGCUUUUUUUUAGAGAUCCUCUUGUUCUUUCCAGUACAGCUACAAAUUUUGUUAACUGAAUGUUUGAUGCAAUAGUUUCAUCAAGUGUAAAUCUCAUAUGUAGCCAACUAUUCAAACAAUGUAAGAUUCUAUUCAGAUUGAGUUUAUGGUAGUUGAUUGAAUUUUAUGA